AUGGGUGAAGAAUCCGAAACCUGCCUUUUUGUAGGCAAUUAUCCAUUAGAAGACCAAGACAUAGAUUUAAGAGUUAAGUUUAUGAGAUUUGGCAAGGUGAUUGCUGCUAAAAUUUUUACCAGGAAAGGAUCAUUUAAAUCAAAAGGGUGCGGAAUAGUCCAAUUUGCAAAUCACGAUGAUGCACAAAAAGCAAUUGAUGAAUUGAAUGGUACAGUUUAUAAAGGACAGACAAUACGUGUAAAAUGGGGCGGAAAAGAACAAACUGAAAAGCAGUUACAAGUUUUUGAGCCACAUGUGCCUAAACAGGAGCAUACAGAACCAGCAAUAAGUGCAAAAGAUUUCGCUAAAAGUCAUGAUUACGUUAAACAAAUUAGUAAUUCUGAAGCAAAGAGAAAGCUGAUGGAAUUGAAAUUCAAAGACUUAGAAGACAUUCAAUACCAAUUAACAAAUAAUCUCUGUAGUCCACAACUUGAAGACUUAUUAGCUGGUAUCAAAAUUAUGCACAUUAAGCAUUCCGAAAUUGAGCAUCGUGAUAAUAGAUAA